AUGUGAUAGUCAAUUGAAGCUUGCCUCCAUUUUCCACAUAGUUACAAAAAUUGUGAUGUAUCCCCUGAUCGUACCAAUCUGGCAGUGAAUCUUGAAAAUAUAUUUUCAUCAUAAAUUGGUAUCUUGUUAUAGUGGCCAAUGGUCACAUGGCCAGCGUUGUUCGUUAUAAGGAUUUGUUAUAUUAUAGUGGAAAUAUGGAGUAAUAUUUGUUUGGUGUAUAAUACUACGAGAUGAUUAGUUCGAAAUGAAUAUUUUGGAAUUAAGGAUAUUUCUAUGCAAUUCAAUUCAAUGUACAAUUCAAUUGUCAAUUUUAAAGAGAAUAUAUAUAAAGGAAUAAAACCCGUUUACAAAAUUUGGCGUCGUGCUGUUCCUUUCCUGUAAAACUCUAGCUUCCUCUGCAGGUCUUUUAACCACCCUGAAGAGGGCAGGAUAAACACUAAUAUCAGGCCUCUCAACCACCCUGAAGAGGGCAGGAUGAACACUAAUAUAAGGCUUCUCAACCACCCUGAAGAAGGCAGUAUAAACACUAAUAUCAGGCCUCUCAACCACCCUGAAGAAGGCAGGAUGAACACUAAUAUCUGGCCUCUCAACCACCCUGAAGAAGGGAGGAUAAACACUAAUAUCAGGAUUCUCAACCACCCUGAAGAAGGCGGGAUAAACACUAAUAUCAGGCCUCUCAACCACCCUGAAGAAGGCAGGAUAAACACUUAUAUCAGGCCUCUCAACCACCUUGAAGAGGGCAGGGUAAACACUAAUAUCAGGCCUCUCAACCACCCUGAAGAAGGUAGGAUAAACACUAAUAUCAGGAUUCUCAACCACCCUGAAGAAGGCAGGAUAAACACUAAUAUCUGGCCUCUCAACCACCAUGAAGAAGGCAGGAUAAACACUAAUAUAAGGCUUCUCAACCACCCUGAAGAAGGCAGGAUAAACACUAAUAUAAGGCUUCUCAACCACCCUGAAAAAGGCAGGAUAAACACUAAUAUAAGGCUUCUCAACCACCCUGAAGAAGGCAGGAUAAACACUAAUAUCACGCCUGUCAACCACCCUGAAGAAGGCAGGAUAAACACUAAUAUCAGGCCUCUCAACCACCCUGAAGAAGGCAGGAUAAACACUAAUAUCAGGCCUCUCAACCACCCUGAAGAAGGCAGGAUAAACACUAAUAUCAGGCCUCUCAACUACCCUGAAGAAGGCAGGAUAAACACUAAUAUCAGGCCUCUCAACAACCCUGAAGAAGGCAGGAUAAACACUAAUAUAAGGCUUCUCAACCACCCUGAAGAAGGCAGGAUAAACACUAAUAUAAGGCUUCUCAACCACCCUGAAAAAGGCAGGAUAAACACUAAUAUAAGGCUUCUCAACCACCCUGAAGAAGGCAGGAUAAACACUAAUAUCACGCCUGUCAACCACCCUGAAGAAGAAGGCAGGAUAAACACUAAUAUCAGGCCUCUCAACUACCCUGAAGAAGGCAGGAUAAACACUAAUAUUAGGCCUCUCAACCACCCUGAAGAAAACAGGAUCAAAACUAAUAUCAGGCCUCUCAACCACCUUGAAGAAGGCAGGAUAAACACUAAUAUCAGGUCUUUUAACCACCCUGAAGAAGGCAGGAUAAACACUAAUAUAAGGCUUCUCAACCACCCUGAAGAAGGCAGGAUAAACACUAAGAUAAGGCUUCUCAACCACCCUGAAGAAGGCAGGAUAAACACUAAUAUAAGGCUUCUCAACCACCCUGAAGAAGGCAGGAUAAACACUAAUAUCACGCCUGUCAACCACCCUGAAGAAGGCAGGAUAAACACUAAUAUCAGGCCUCUCAACCACCCUGAAGAAGGUAGGGCAAACACUAAUAUUAGGCCUCUCAACCACCCUGAAGAAAAAAGGAUCAAAACUAAUAUCAGGCCUCUCAACCACCCUGAAGAAGGCAGGAUAAACACUAAUAUCAGGCCUCUUACCCACUCUGAAGAAGGCGGGAUAAACACUAAUAUCAGGCCUCUCAACCACCCUGAAGAAGGCAGGAUAAACACUAAUAUCAGGCCUUUCAACCACCCUAAAGAAAACAGGAUCAAAACUAAUAUCAGGAUUCUUACCCACCCUGAAGAAGGCAGGAUAAACACUAAUAUCAGGCCUCUUACCCACCCUGAAGAAGUCAGGACAAACACUAAUAUCAGGCCUCUCAACCACCCUGAAGAAGGCAGGACAAACACUAAUAUCAGGCCUCUCAACCACCCUGAAGAAGGCAGGAUAAACACUAAUAUCAGGCCUCUCAACCACCCUGAAGAAGGCAGGAUAAACACUAAUAUCAGGCCUCUCAACCACCCUGAAGAAGGCAGGAUAAACACUAAUAUCAGGCCUCUCAACCACCCUGAAGAAGGCAGGAUAAACACUAAUAUCAGGCCUCUCAACUACCCUGAAGAAGGCAGGAUAAACACUAAUAUCAGGCCUCUCAACAACCCUGAAGAAGGCAGGAUAAACACUAAUAUAAGGCUUCUCAACCACCCUGAAGAAGGCAGGAUAAACACUAAUAUAAGGCUUCUCAACCACCCUGAAAAAGGCAGGAUAAACACUAAUAUAAGGCUUCUCAACCACCCUGAAGAAGGCAGGAUAAACACUAAUAUCACGCCUGUCAACCACCCUGAAGAAGAAGGCAGGAUAAACACUAAUAUCAGGUCUUUUAACCACCCUGAAGAGGGCAGGAUAAACACUAAUAUCAGGCCUCUCAACAACCCUGAAGAAGGCGGGAUAAACACUAAUAUUAGGCCUCUCAAUCACCCUGAAGAAGGCAGGAUAAACACUAAUAUCAGGCCUUUCAACCACCCUGAAGAAGGCAGGAUAAACACUAAUAUCAGGCCUCUCAACUACCCUGAAGAAGGCAGGAUAAACACUAAUAUCAGGCCUCUCAACUACCCUGAAGAAGGCAGGAUAAACACUAAUAUUAGGCCUCUCAACCACCCUGAAAAAAACAGGAUCAAAACUAAUAUCAGGCCUCUCAACCACCCUGAAGAAGGCAGGAUAAACACUAAUAUCAGGCCUCUCAACAACCCUGAAGAAGGCAGGAUAAACACUAAUAUAAGGCUUCUCAACCACCCUGAAGAAGGCAGGAUAAACACUAAUAUCAGGCCUCUCAACCACCUCGAAGAAGGCAGGAUAAACGCUAAUAUAAGGCUUCUCAACCACCCUGAAAAAGGCAGGAUAAACACUAAUAUAAUUAGGCUUCUCAACCACCCUGAAGAAGGCAGGAUAAACAAUAAUAUCACGCCUGUCAACCACCCUGAAGAAGGUAGGACAAACACUAAUAUUAGGCCUCUCAACCACCCUGAAGAAAACAGGAUCAAAACUAAUAUCAGGCCUCUCAACCACCCUGAAGAAGGCAGGAUAAACACUAAUAUCAGGCCUCUUACCCACUCUGAAGAAGGCGGGAUAAGCACUAAUAUCAGGCCUCUCAACCACCCUGAAGAAGGCAGGAUAAACACUAAUAUCAGGCCUUUCAACCACCCUGAAGAAGGCAGGAUAAACACUAAUAUCAGGCCUCUCAACUACCCUGAAGAAGGCAGGAUAAACACUAAUAUUAGGCCUCUCAACCACCCUGAAGAAAACAGGAUCAAAACUAAUAUCAGGCCUCUCAACCACCUUGAAGAAGGCAGGAUAAACACUAAUAUCAGGUCUUUUAACCACCCUGAAGAGGGCAGGAUAAACACUAAUAUCAGGCCUCUCAACAACCCUGAAGAAGGCAGGAUAAACACUAAUAUAAGGCUUCUCAACCACCCUGAAGAAGGCAGGAUAAACACUAAGAUAAGGCUUCUCAACCACCCUGAAGAAGGCAGGAUAAACACUAAUAUAAGGCUUCUCAACCACCCUGAAGAAGGCAGGAUAAACACUAAUAUCACGCCUGUCAACCACCCUGAAGAAGGCAGGAUAAACACUAAUAUCAGGCCUCUCAACCACCCUGAAGAAGGCAGGAUAAACACUAAUAUCAGGCCUCUUACCCACUCUGAAGAAGGCGGGAUAAACACUAAUAUCAGGCCUCUCAACCACCCUGAAGAAGGCAGGAUAAACACUAAUAUCAGGCCUUUCAACCACCCUAAAGAAAACAGGAUCAAAACUAAUAUCAGGAUUCUUACCCACCCUGAAGAAGGCAGGAUAAACACUAAUAUCAGGCCUCUUACCCACCCUGAAGAAGUCAGGACAAACACUAAUAUCAGGCCUCUCAACCACCCUGAAGAAGGCAGGACAAACACUAAUAUCAGGCCUCUCAACCACCCUGAAGAAGGCAGGAUAAACACUAAUAUCAGGCCUCUCAACCACCCUGAAGAAGGUAGGAUAAACACUAAUAUCAGGCCUCUCAACCACCCUAAAGAAGGCAGGAUAAACACUAAUAUCACGCCUGUCAACCACCCUGAAGAAGGCAGGACAAACACUAAUAUCAGGCCUCUCAACAACCCUGAAGAAGGCAGGAUAAACACUAAUAUCAGGCCUUUCAACCACCCUGAAGAAGGCAGGAUCAAACCUAAUAUCAGGCCUUUCCACCACCCUGAAGAAGGAAGGAUAAACACUAAUAUCAGGCCUCUCAACCACCCUGAAGAAGGCAGGAUAAACACUAAUAUCAGGCAUCUUACCCACUCUGAAGAAGGCAGGAUAAACACUUAUAUCAGGCCUCUUAACCACCCUGAAGAAGGCAGGAUAAACACUAAUAUCAGGCCUCUCAACCACCCUGAAGAAGGCAGGAUCGACACUAAUAUCAGGCCUUUCAACCACCCUGAAGAAGGCAGGAUAAACACUAAUAUCAGGCCCGUACCCAGGAUUUUUCUUGGGGGAGUGCGAAAUCUGAAAAAUUAGACCUAGUCUUCUGAUAAAAAUCUGAUCACCUCUGAAAGAACAAAAAGGGAUUUUUAAUGCCAUUGCAGUAUUUCCAUGGUAUAUUUAUUAUCGGGUUUGCCUACAAAAAAGUUAGACAUUUUUAGAUUUAUUAUAUACCAGAGUGAUCUAGAAUGCCUUUUUUUUAAUCCAAUUCAAAUGUGCUUUAUAGUUUGUAUACAAAUAGCACGUCUAUUGCGAACCGAAAGGGGACUUUUCGCCGUUGUGGGGGUGCGAACGCACCCCCUGGGUACGGGCCUGAAUAUUGAUAUUUGGGUAUCCUGGUGGGACGUGGGUGCUUGUGCGAGAGCCAGUGACGGGAAAGAAAAAACGUUCGUUUACUUUGAGAGCUGACCUAGCCGGCUCUCAUUGUGGGGUAUUCGGAAAUGUUUUAUUUUCGAGUAUUGGGAACCCUGUGCGCGCACGAAGGCCGGGGUGCAAAGAAAUGAGAGCCGGCAACA